AUUUUCGCAGAUGUAGUCACGACGAGCGUUGCGUGACCUUCACACGCAUCCAACAACGUCCGAGGAGCGAGAAAACGCCUCCAAAUAUCAUCACUCUAACUAAACCACGAAAAAAACUGGUCCGUUUAUUUUUGUAGAAAUUACGGAGGUGUCUUGGCCCUAACUUAGAAUGAUUGUUAACUGUAACGGAAUCACCCUUACCGAUACUUUCGUGGUUUGAGUGGUAUGAAGUGAGUUCGUUCAGCCAUGAAGGCGAGCUCUCCAACGCGGUUUAUUACGGAUACUCUGCCCACAGAUACCCAGAGGGUCACCGUUUGUCAGAGUAAAAAUGGAACUAUUAUGCCUUCAGUAGCCAAUGGAUACAUUGGGACGGUGAUCUACAGUGACACAGUGCAUGUUUCAGGGGUAUUCAAUGGUAAAGCUUACCCGAAGAGGAAGGAUGUUUACCCAGUGCAUUUCUACCAACACGCUCACCGCGCUCGCAUUCCUUCUACCACUUCUAUUGACUUUGCCGUCCAAGGAGUUCGAGGUAAAACUUCGUACGCCCUGGAUGUGCUAGAAGGUGUCUUCUACAAAUGGUUAACAGCCGAUCGUUUGUAUUUGGAACAGAGGAUUUACGCGCAUCGAUCCCGGAAGAAUUUAUUGAUCGUUGAGAUAUCUGCAAAAAACAACGCUGAUAAGGAGUUCAUGAUGAGCCUGACUUCAAAUCAAGGAGAUUCUUCAAUUGAUGUCGGGUUUAAAGCAGCUGAGUCAAACAGAUCUGGGGCUUUGGCAGCGGUUGGAAUGGUCAACGAGACAGAGGAGGCAGGGAGCAUGCGGGCUAAUUUGGCAACGGUUUGGACCGAACUGGACGUUAACAAACCGCUGACCAUAAAAGCCACAUCAGAGGAGCAGACCUGGUACUUUAUCACCUCAAUAGCCACAAACCUGGACACCAAGUUUAACCCACUCUCUGAAGCUCUCUUUCAGUGGGAUGAAGCUAUGCUAGUCAAAGAGCAUUUGCUAGAAGAACACAAAGCUGCUUGGAAAGCAUUGUGGGACACUGGUCGGAUCGAAAUUGAAGGGGAUCUAGAAAUGGCCCAGGCUGUGUACGGCAGUAUGUAUUACAUUCUAAGCUCCACUCGACACGACUGGCCGUACGGGCUGAGUCCCGGAGGACUUCCGGCUGCAGAGGAGUACAUGGGACAUACAUUCUGGGAUCAGGACAUAUGGAUGAACCCCUCUCUACUGCUUUUACACCCAGAUUUGGCGAGGAGUUCUUUGAGAUAUCGGAAUGAACGACUGCCCGCAGCCCGCAGAAUCGCAAAGGAGUUUGGAUACAAAGGGGCGAUGUUUCCGUGGGAAAGUUCUUACACCGGCCUGGAGACUUCUCCAGGGGAAAAGUACGGCAAAAAUCAAAUUCAUAUAAAUGGCGACAUUGCUUUCGCUGCCAAUCAGUUUUGGAGGGCGAGUAAAGACGUGAACUGGUUGCGGGAGGUCGGGUAUCCACUUGUUUACCAGACCGCGGAGUACUGGGCGAGUAGAGUAGAAUAUGACGUUGUCAACGACAGAUAUAUUAUCAAACAUGUGAUGCCACCGGAUGAAUAUCAUUACCCUGUCAAUAACUCGGUCUAUACUAAUGUGGUGGCGAAAAUCAAUCUAUUGUUUGCUAAAGAAGCCGCUGAUAUCUUGGGAAAUGAAGUUCCGAAAGAGUGGUUAACGAUUGCUGAAAAGAUGUAAAUUCCUUUUGAUGGCGAAAAUAAUUACCACCCGGAAUAUGAAGGAUACACUUUGGACAAGAAGGUGAAACAAGCUGACACCAUCCUGAUUGGUUAUCCACUGAUGUACGAAAUGGACGGCAAGGUCCGAUAUAACGACCUUAAACUUUAUGAAGAACGCACCGAUCCCGAUGGACCGGCCAUGACACAUUCCAUGUUUGCCAUCGGCUGGCUGGAUCUGGGAGAGAAUAGGAAAGCGGAGAAGCCUUUCCUAAAGAAUUACGCCAAUAUCCGAGGACCAUUCAAGGUGUGGACUGAGCGUCGCGAUAUCUGGGGCGCUGUCAAUUUCAUCACCGGAGCUGGUGGUUUUUUACAGACUGUUAUCUAUGGUUAUGGAGGAUUCCGACUGAACAGUUCUGGAUUAGCGUUCAAUCCUUCUUUGCCUCCAAACGUUACAAAAAUGACAACCACUCUGCAUUACCUGGGAAGCGUUCUGGAUGUUGCAGUAACUGAAGAAGCAAUAACAUUUAUGCUGCUCUUUUCAGGUCCAAUUUCUCCUAAACUUGAUGUCAUAACAUCUAAAGGUGUAUUUAGUUUAGAGCGUGACUUUCCAGUUACAGUGAACAGAGCCAAGGGUAUUAUUAGCGUCCGACAGGCACUGCUACAUAGUUCAAGUUAAUUAGCUUUUUUUCUAUAUCUCUGCUAUCAAUGACGACAACCAAUCAGAGGGGAUUCUUUUCGAUUGCUCGUUUGUUCCCAGUUUUCUUCUCACAUUUUGCGACGAUGAGGAUACAAAUAUUGUAAUAACACUAAUUUCUUUGCAUUCGUAAUAAUUAUCA